AUGCCGUGGGUGCCGCGCAUCGCUCCAAAAGAGGAGGUCGAUGCAGAAGACGCCUCCAAACAGAAGGACGCCCUGAAGGGGGCGAACUCAGCCGCUUCACGACAUGAUUCUGCAGCCGAAAGCGCUGCAAGGGACAAGGCUUUGUCCUGCCUUGUGACACGAGGAGCCGACCUGUGGCUGGAUCUGCAGUCGCGGAAGUUGCCUGGAAAGAAACUGACCAAGUUCCUUACGGACGCGCUCUAUGAUGAAAUCCGAAAGCAGCUGCAAAAUCCCAAGAAACCAGAUCGCCGAUGCUGGUAUUUCAACGUUGACGUAAGUGGCACAGAGAUGAAUGCCGAUGGCCUCCAGAUCCUCGUGACCUUCCUGAAGCGCCUCUUCGAGGCAGAUCCGCCGGUUUGCGUUCAUAGCCUGCGCUGCUACAAUAAUGACCUGGGUGAUACGGGGGCGGAGCACAUUGCCGAGAUGAUCUUGGCCCAGCCUUUUGCUGUGUACGAGCUCCAUUUGAGUGACAGCAGGAUGUCGGAGCUAGGGGCCGCAAUGGUGAUCUUGUCCGUCUGUGUGGCCACUGAUCGGUAUCCGUUUCAAGUGAAGCAUCGGUGGACUGGAUGCUGGAUGCGACUCGAGAACAACUACGUCAGUGCACCGGAUGCGCUGCUAACUGCCAUGCGAGCGGCAAUGCCGAGCAAUGAAUGGAGCGAGCCCGUGGUGCGGAUCGAAAGCAUUGUCCGUGGGGACCGAACAUGGGGACGGGCUCACGGUCCUAGCUGGGCCACGUCGGCUGAGGUGACACCGCAAGCUUUGUUGUAUACAUUUGAUGAGCAGAAAGGUGUGAUGAGUGCUGGCUAUGGGAAGAAGGAGAGCGCUGCAGUCAUCCGAGCAGCACGACGUGCCGCCGAGAGUGCCCGUGAGGCAGUGUUGGAGAUGCACAAGAGGAUCUGCGGUGAUGAUAAACCAGAAGGAGAGCCGAUGCCUGCACGAGUUCGGCAGCCGGAGGAUCGCGUGGUUGUUGCCCGCUGGAGGCGAGACGGUGACGAAGGGGCCGCUGAGGCAGAGCGAGCUCCGGCAUGGCCUUCUGAGCAGACACGCGAGCGAGCUGAGCGAGCUCCUAAAGUCUCGGACAUCCGCUCCUUCAGGACGGCGGUCAACAGCCUAAGGCCACAGGCAGAGUCCAGGGAAACUGCAGCGUCCGCUCAGACAGCGGGCAAAGGUGGCUAUACGAGGUUCGGACAGGCGGCGGGGCACGGACCAGCCCACAAACCGACAAGGGAAGAACAUGAUUCCCAUGAGUACGCAUAUGCUAUUGGAUCUGGCUUUGGGAAGGGCGUGAGCCCUCCCAAGGGGACAGCUGCGAAGGGGAAGUUGAAUGUGGUGCACCCCAGCGAAGAGGAAGAGCGUCCGGCCACAGCGAAGACUCCUGCUGGCAAAGGAGACGUGCAGAAAGGAAAGCAAAGGUCGAAAGAUUCGAAAGGAUCUGGCAAGCUCGUUUGGAAGACGAAGCCUGCGGAUGCAGACGCUCCGUCCGAGGAGCAGAAGAGGCAAGAAACCGCGCCGAAGGGGGACACCUCCGAGGCCAAUUCAUUCAAGGAUGGGGCCGACACGGCCCCUGCACAGGAUGCUGCGAAGCAUUCAAAGAGUGCUGAGGAUGCAAAAGAUUCAAAGCAGGAGAAACCAGACGCAAAGGACGCGAAAGAUACGAAGGAGGCAAAAGACCCAAAGGGUGGCAAAGAUGUGACGGAAGGGAAGGAUGCAAAGGAGGGAAUGGUUGCACAGGAUGCACGGGAGCCGAAUAGUGCAGAGGCAGCGGGAGAUGCAAAAGCACCGCGACACACAAAGGAAGCAAAGGAACCCAGGAAUGACAACGAUGAGAAAAGAAGGAAGGGGAAGGACGCUGAAGGCCCGCAGGCUGCCAAGGAGGCUGCUGCAUCUUCCGAAGCGGGUACCAGGCCUGCAGACUCCAAGCCAGGCCAAGCAGCAGCGACAGCUCCAGCUUCAACGCAGCCCUCUACAGCUCCAUCGGCCACACUCCCGUCACAGACUACGCCGGCAGCACCUGUCAUGCCACAGCCAGAAGCCCCAGAAGUUCCAUCGCCGACGCUGAUGGCAGCGGAUGCCGCCAUGCCAAGCGUCAUCCCCUUCAGACAGACUGCUCCGCCGCCUCCGCAAAAGGCAAAGACUGGCAAGAACAAGAUCGUGAUGCCUGGGCCCCCUCCCGCCUUAGAGAUCUUUGCCGCCAGCCCGAUCUCAAAGAUGCAGCCAGAAGUGGAUUCAGUGGAGACAACCUCUGACUCCAUGAAGGAGCCGGAGAAGGACAAGAAGUGCCAUCUGAAGACUCGCCUAGGAUAUCAGCCGAUCCACCGCGUCCUCAUCGACAACUGGCAAUCUGGGCUGACAGUAGCUAUGGUUAGCGUCCCAUUGUCGAUUUCCCUGGGCAUCGCAUCCGUGUCGGGUGGUGAUCCCGCAGCACCCUUGAUGGGCGUGUCAACCGCGUUUUGGGGUGGAUUGUGCGCAUCAUUGUUCAGCUCUAGCGACUUCAACAUUAUCGGGCCUGCCGGAGCAUUGAGUGGAAUGCUGAGCAGCGCGACCAUCAAAUUUGGAGGUGCAGGUGUUUUGCCUUACUUGUCCCUCCUGUCCUCAGCCGUCAUUUGCUUGAUCUAUCUGCUGGGCUUGCAGCGCUACUUGCUCCUUAUGCCCACGGCCGUGUUUGAGGGUUUUACGCUCGCAGUGGCUUUCAUCAUUGGCCUCGGCCAGUUGCAGAUGGCUCUGGACUUGAGGCCAGAUGGCCACAAAUCAGAGCAUUUCCACGAGAACGUCCUUCGCUCCAUUCAAGCUCUGCACAGCUACAGCCUGGCUCCAGCGAUUCUGUUCUUCGUCGUCACAGUCUUGCUUCUGACCCUCGUCAAGUAUGCCAGCAAAAUCCGUGGCAAGUCGAUUCCGUGGACUGUGCUCCUGCCGUUGUUCACCAUCCUCUUAGGAUACCUGUCCGACAAAGAUAUGCUCGGCGGCAUUAUUCUUCCUACUUUGAAGGACAAGUACGGGACCUUGCAGGCACGGAUUGUCGAGGUGCCAUCCGUGCCGCUUGCAGACUUUGCAGCCGGCGAUGUCUUCGGCCUGAUCCGCAACGCCUUUGGCAUUGCCUUCGUGGCAAUCUUGGAAACUCUGAUUUCUGCGAAGAUUGCGGAGCAGAGGAUGAACUAUCCCUUCGACAGCGGCCGUGAGACGUUCGGAUUGAUGGUGUGCCAUGCUGUAUGUGGGGUCGUCGGAGCACUGCCUCCCACGGGUGUGUUUGUACGUACAUCGUUGAAUGUGCAGCUAGGAGCAACCCACAGGCUAUCGCAAAUGAUCAACGCAAUUGCUGUCUUCCUGAUCUUUGUGGUCGCUAUGCCUGUUUUCUCAUACUUGCCGCAGGCGGCUGUGGCUGCGCUCCUUGUCUUUGCCUCCAUUCGCAUGGCGCCCGUCCACUACAUCGCGAAACUCUGGCGCACGGACAAGAAGAGUUGCUUCCUGCUGGUUCUCACCAGCCUGAUAUGUAUCUUUGUGGAUCCAGUCUAUGGCCUCAUCGUGGGUAUGGUUGUGGCUCUGCUGAGAAAUGCUGCCGAGACCGCACGAGCAGAAUCACGGGUGACCCUGGACAAGGCUGAGAUGGAGGUAAGCGAUACCGGAACACCCCUGAGCGGUCAACAUGGGGCCCUUUCUCAUUGGGCCACCUCCAGCUUCGAUGAUGCUGCGAACUUGGGGGUGAAACCUUCGCCGUUGACACGAAUCAAGCAGUUGAUUGAGAGAUUUGCCUGUGGCAAACCCCCGAGGGAGCACAGCAAUGCCUUGCACAAGCACAAAACCUUCCGAGGUUUCAAGACGGUUCUCUACGAGCCAAUGGGGUCUGUGACUUUCCUUUGUGCAAGCAAACACCUCUCGCGUUUGCAGGCACUUCUUGAGAAGAAGCCGAACAGGCUCAUCAUUUCCUUGGAGCAUGUCACCCGCAUAGACAUUGAUGGUUCCGACAACCUCGCCAAAGCGGUCGAGGAAAUCAAGGAUGCAGAGUGCGAUGUCCGUUUAGUCGUGCCCGAAUUGUUGCUGCAGGGUGUAAUCCUCCAGAAAGCGCUCUGGGUCGACCAACUUCGGACAGAGGGCCACAUCUACAACACGGUUGCGGAUGCAAAGCUUGCGGGAGCAGAUUGUGAAAUCUGA